AUGUAUUUUUCCACGGCGAUUCUCUCGCUGCUGCUGGCUGGCAACGCCUGGAGCCUCCAAAAUCCCCAUCGCAAGGCUCUGCGACCGGCGCGUCCACACUCCAGCCUGGCUCCUCGGGCGCUCUCGACGGAGCACAGCGAGUACAAGCACCUUACCAAUGGAACCCAGAGAUUCCUCGUCAACGGCACUGGCAUCCCCGACGUGGACUUUGAUGUCGGCGAAUCCUACGCCGGCCUUCUUCCCAACACACCCGCCGGCAAUUCCAGUCUGUUCUUUUGGUUCUUCCCCUCGCAGAACCCCAAGGCCACGGACGAGAUCACCAUCUGGCUCAAUGGCGGUCCUGGUUGCAGCUCCCUGGAUGGCCUGCUGCAAGAGAACGGUCCAUUUCUGUGGCAAUCGGGCACCUACAAGCCCCUGCGCAACCCCUAUUCCUGGACCAACCUGACCAACGUCGUGUACGUGGACCAACCCGCCGGCACCGGCUUCUCGCCCGGUCCGUCGACGGUGAAGGACGAGGAGGGCGUCGCGUCCCAGUUCAAGAGCUGGUUCAAGCACUUCUCCGACACCUUUGGUCUGCACGGUCGGAAGGUCUACCUGACCGGCGAGAGCUAUGCGGGACAGUACAUCCCGUAUAUCGCGUCGGCCAUGCUGGAUGAGGAGGACGAGAAGUACUUCAACGUGAAGGGAAUCCAGAUCAACGACCCAUCCAUCAAUGAUGAUUCCAUCAUGAUAUACGCGCCCGCGGUGCGGCACUUCAACCACUAUGCCAACCUCUUCGCCCUGAACGACAGCUUCGUCUCCGACAUCAACUCUCGCGCCGAGAAAUGUGGCUACAACCAGUUCCUCGACGAGGCCCUGACCUAUCCGCCGCCCAAGCACUUCCCCGAAGCACCGGAUCCGUAUCGCGGGGACUGCGCGAUCUGGGACGACGUCGUGGCCGCCGCCUACGACGUGAACCCGUGCUUCAACUUCUACCACAUCACGGACUUCUGCCCCUACCUGUGGAACGAAAUGGGGUUCCCGUCUCUGGCUGGACCCCCCAAUAACUACUUUAACCGCUCCGACGUGCAGAGGGCCAUCCACGUCCCCCCGACCGAUUACUCCGUCUGCGGCGGAAGUACCAUCUUCGCCGACGGCGACCAGUCGCCUCCCAGCGCUCUGGGACCAUUGCCCAGCGUCAUCGAACGCACGAACAACACGAUCAUCGGCCACGGGUGGCUCGACUAUCUCCUGUUCCUGAACGGCUCCCUCGUCACCAUCCAGAACAUGACCUGGAACGGCGUUCAGGGGUUCCAGAAGCCCCCGGUGGAGCCGCUCUACGUGCCAUAUCAUGCCGGUUUGGCAGAGCUGCCGAACGGUGAUGUGUCCACGCCCUUCAUCUGGGACGCCGGGGCUGGGUAUCUGGGGACGGCGCAUACAGAGCGCGGGCUGACCUUCAGCACUGUCUAUUUGGCAGGCCAUGAAAUCCCGCAGUAUACCCCCGGGGCGGCAUAUCGCCAGUUGGAAUUUUUGCUCGGUCGCAUCGACAGCUUGCAGGACCAGACGGGAUACACGGCGUAG